GCCAUAUUGGGUAGGGAUUUAGUUGAGGGAUUCUCGUAAACAAAUCCUUUAACGGAUACAUUGGGUCUCAAAUGGAUACAAUGGCAAGCCCAGGUAAGGACAACUACAGAAUGAAGAGCUAUAAGAACAAAGCACUGAAUCCUCAAGAGAUGCGUCGCAGGAGAGAGGAAGAAGGAAUUCAGUUACGCAAACAGAAGAGAGAGGAGCAGCUUUUUAAGAGAAGAAAUGUAUGCCUACCCUCGAAUGAUGAGUCUAUGCUGGAAUGCCCCAUCCAGGAUCCAGAUGUCAGUUCUACUGUACCUGUUGCAGUUGAAGGGGUUAUAACACCAGAUAUGAUUCAGAUGAUUUUCUCAGAUGACCCAGACCAGCAGCUUAUUGCUACACAGAAAUUCAGGAAAUUACUCUCCAAAGAACCAAAUCCCCCUAUAGAUGAGGUUAUCUCCACACCUGGGGUUGUGAAUCGCUUUGUGGAGUUCCUUAAGCGGAGUGAAAACUGCACACUUCAGUUUGAGGCCGCCUGGGCGCUAACCAACAUUGCCUCAGGUACAUUCCUGCAUACCAAGGUGGUCAUUGAAACAGGAGCUGUGCCCAUCUUCAUCGAGUUGCUUAACUCCGAUUAUGAGGAUGUCCAGGAACAGGCCGUGUGGGCGUUGGGGAACAUAGCAGGGGAUAACGCUGAGUGCAGAGACUAUGUGCUCAACUGUGGCAUUCUGCCCUCACUACAACAGCUGCUCGCCAAAUCCAAUCGUCUCACAACAACCCGGAAUGCAGUUUGGGCCCUUUCGAAUCUGUGUCGGGGAAAGAACCCACCACCAGAUUUUGCCAAAGUGUCUCCCUGUCUGAGUGUGCUGUCAAGACUUCUCUUCAGCAGUGAUGCAGAUGUCUUGGCUGAUGCCUGCUGGGCGUUAUCUUACCUAUCUGAUGGUCCAAAUGAUAAGAUCCAGACAGUCAUUGACUCGGGGGUGUGCCGCAGGCUGGUGGAGCUACUUAUGCACAGUGAUUAUAAAGUGGUCUCGCCUGCACUACGUGCCGUGGGCAACAUUGUGACGGGGGACGACAUUCAAACACAGGUGAUUUUGAAUUGUUCAGCACUGCCCUGCUUACUACACCUUCUCAGCAGCCCCAAGGAAUCCAUCAAAAAGGAGGCAUGCUGGACAGUAUCCAACAUUACAGCAGGAAACAGAGCGCAGAUUCAGAAUGUGAUCGAUGCCAACAUUUUCCCAGUACUUAUUGAGAUCCUCCAGAAGGCUGAGUUUCGUACCAGGAAGGAGGCUGCUUGGGCUAUUACAAAUGCCACCUCUGGAGGCACACCUGUACAGAUUAAGUACUUGGUGUCUCUAAACACCAUCAAGCCCAUGUGCGACCUGCUGACAGUGAUGGACUCUAAGAUUGUGCAGGUGGCUCUCAAUGGAUUGGAGAACAUCCUCAGACUGGGAGAGCAGGAGGCCAAGCAGAAUGGAACAGGAAUCAACCCUUACUGUGCACUCAUUGAGGAGGCUUAUGGUUUGGAUAAGAUUGAGUUCCUUCAAAGUCAUGAGAACCAGGAGAUCUAUCAGAAGGCCUUUGAUCUGAUUGAACAUUACUUUGGCGUGGAGGAGGAGGACGCAAACCUGGCACCGCAGGUGGACCAGAGCCAAGGCCAGUUCAUCUUCCAGCAGCAAGGAGGACCCAUGGAGGGCUUUCAGCUCUAACCCUGCCUCAAGCCCUCCCUCCUCUUUCCCCUGUGCCCCCCACUUCAUCAUCUCUGAGUGUCUAACCCCCAGAGAGAGCACCUUCUAAUGGGGCUGAUUAAAAUGGAUGGCCUGCACCCUCUCCUCACAGCUACUGCUGAGCUUGAGACAGACGGAGGGACAGAGAGAGACGGAUAGAUGCCCUCUGUGUUUGAGCCUUGUCUAUUAUGAGAGCUUAUCGUAAGUGAAUAUCUGAGUGUCUCUGCUGUGGCAAACCCACUCUAAUGGACAGCUGAAAGAAAGAGUCCAUGAUUAUUCUCAUUUCUCCUUUGUUGUUUUCUUUUAUAUUCCAUAAUGUUAUUAUAAAUAAUAUUAUUUGGAUCACGAUUUGAAUAUGAGGUCUCAAACUUACUUUCUAUAUCCCUUUUUCAAAUGUGAAUCUACCUCUAUAGUCCUCGGAAAGAAAAACUAUAUGAACAUAUAAAGCUUCAGGCUCUCAUGUUAUUAGUUUUUUAAUUGGUAAAGACCAAUCGUAAAUAAUAAACUCUGUAUCCCCCCCUGGGAGUAGUGACCGUCUGCUUUUCAGGUUGUACCAAUAACCUAUUCCUUCAUACCUUUCAUAAGCAGAGGUGAGAGUCCUGUGUGAUGUUAGUGGAUGUAUAUAGAGUACUUUUUCAUGGUGUUCCGUUGUCAUAUAUUUUGAGUUUGAAGUCGCUGCACAUUCUGUUUUUGUUUUUUUCUUGUUAAUGAAAAUGACUUUAUAAAGACCCAGUGAAGAACUCCUAUAUUUAUAUAUUAUAUAUUCUGCUUACCAUUGGAGAGUGGAGGAGUUAAACACUCUGAUGAUCACCACUUCUCCAGCCCUUUGUUCUGACUUCUGAAGGUUUCAGCUGCUUUCUGGUGUGUAUUCUUUAACUGGCUACAAACUAGGCUUAGAUUUGGAUGAGCUAUCUGUAGCAGUGUUGCAGCAUUAGGCUGUUGUGUUCUUUAAUUUUUGAUGGUCAUUAUUUUCAAAGCGGUGUCGGGUGCAAGGCAGUGUCUACGACACUUGCUGCAGUGUAUUUAACAGCCUGUCUGGGUAAGCAGAAGUUGAAGUUUGUUCAUCUCACCCUAAAAACAAGCAACAUAUGUCAUGAAUUAUCUUUACUGCCUGCACUUGUAUGUAAGCUUUGGUGACAUUUCGCAUUAGGCUUGAUGGACUAUGAAGUUGUUGGCUUGACUGAAACUUGGGGUUUGUAUAUUUUAUAUACAGGUAAGAAACUGUAAAGAAAGUAUUUAAGGGUUAUAAAGCUUAGUUAAGGAAGGUGUGAUAUGCAGUUCAUUGUUUUCUGACUGAAAGGCAGUUUUAAGCAUCUACUGUUUCUCAUCUCCUUUCCUUACUGUACUGUUGCUCUAGUUUUUUUUUUCCCCUCGCCUAUUCAGAGUUAGUCUCUUCAAUCAAAUUAUGGUAUGAUUUUUAUAUGAUGAACUUGUGAUUGGUGCUUGAAGUCUAAGCUGGAGGUCCUCUUAUACAAGCGUGAAGUGCUCAUUUCUCCCCAGAACCGUUGUAAAGCUUUGCAUUUGGCACGUUACAUUAUUGACAAUGUAGAUGCUGGGUGCACUGGAGCACAGCAACAGUGAUUGGCCCAGGAAAAGUAAGAAUUAUAGCUAAAUGAAACAAAUAUGUGGGAUAAGAAAUAUUUGUAAUGCAUAAAAAUGUCAAGCACAUUCAAAUAUGUAUAGUUUUCUAAUGUUUCUCAUGUUUGUAUGAUUGUAUAUUUUCGGGGGGUUGGUAGGGUUUUUUGUUUUUGUUUUGUUUUUAAUUUUUGUUGGUCUCUUGGUUGGGAAUUGAUUUUGCUGUGUUCUUGUGUUGCUCAGAAAGCAGAACUAGGAAUGUCAGCAUCUUCCGCACAGGAAGAGAUUAUUUUCUCAUGCAGCCUACAUGUCUGUGUCCUCAUGUUCAGUUGAUCAGAGUUGGGGAUGAGGCUGGUCUAGGCACCUUUGAUGUAAUGACUGCCGUCGCCUGGUUCUUCAAUGGGGAUAUUGACUUGAUAUUGUGUAAAAAUGAUAGAGAAUAAAUAAAUUGAUCUUUAAC